AUGCCCACAUCCAGUGGCCGACCUGAACCAACAGAAGCAUCCAGCAAACUCCCAUGGCUCUCUAAUUUGGCGAAUCAUGACCCAUACAUAUCGAAAGAUUGCACGCUUGCCCUAUAUUUGGACAAGGUUGGGCGACGACCUGUGGUGAAAGCUAAGCUCGCCGUGGCAUGGCUGCUUAGUUUGGGGAAAAGUCUCUUUGCCACUCCAGCAUAUUCACUGCCUCAGUACCCUGCACACAGGGCCCUGCCGUCUCAGACAUCGAACGGUAUGGCGACCGGAGAGCAAGUGCAGAAGGAGCGACGUACGAAUGACGGUACACUCGCCAUUCGUGGAGGGAAGGUUCCAUCGCAAAAUGUAGGCGGUGUUGGUUUUGUUGUGCACCCAUCUGUUGUCCAUCUCGUCAAUUCUCACGAGAUCCUGUCAGCUCGUUUGGCCAUUCUUCGCCUCCACCCUCUGCGCCAAAAAUCCAUCAGUAUCAUGAACUGCUACUCGCCAAUAUCAGCAGCUGAUAAAUCCGAUUUGGACGCGUUUUACGAGGAGCUGGAGGAAGUAGUCCGCAACGAAAAGUCCUUCUACAAAUUCGUUGUCGGAGACUUCAACGCAAAACUAGGGAAGGCCACAGAAGAGGAAUACAGUAUUGGAAGGAGAAAAGAAGUCGUCUACGACGAUUGUGUACUCGAGGACUCCUUGUCCCAAGGUGACUGGCACAUCGAGGAGGACCCAAACGUGGACUACGAGAUGCUGCUCAGAGGAUUACGAGCCUGUGCUGAACGUGCCUCGAAGCCGCGCACGACAAACUUGGAUCGAAUUUCGAAGACUAGCAAGGAAUUGUUGGAAAGAAGAAGGGCUUUGAGGUUUGAUCCGAAUGCAUCGCACAUUGAGCGGUUAGUAGCAAACACUAGCUGCAGAAAGGCGUUGCAGGAGGAUCUUUUGAAGUCCAGGCAGAAGAAGAUUCUAGAAGCAGCACAAAGAAGAACGAGUCUAAAGAAGUGCCGCAGGGAUCUCCGCGAAUAUAAUAUUCCGCUAGCAACCUUGCUGAGCGAAGAUGGGACUCGCAUGUCUUCUCGUCGUGAGAUGGAAAUCAUUACGGAGAGGUUCUACUCGAACCUUUCCCGUUCAUCAACUCUUGUGUCAAGCCAAAUCAUCCCCACUGGCGAAGCUCCACCACGGAUUCAUCCUUCGAAAGUACGAGUCGGUAUCAAGAGCAUGAAACCUGGCACAGCCUCCGGACCUGAUUUUAUAUCAGCAGACUUUCCUCGGGCUGGUGGCCAUCCGCUUCAUGUAAUCUUAGCAGCGCACAUGACAUCCUACCUUCAGAAAGAAAGGAUCCCAGACCAGUGGAAGACCUCGCGAACCGUUCUUAUCCAUAAGAAGGUGACCGACCUUCGGAACUACCGUCCGAUAUGCUUGUUGAGCGUGUUAUACAAAGUAUUCACCAAGAUCAUUCUCACGCGCAUAUCUAGGACGCUGGAUGAAGCCCAGCCUCAAGAACAAGCUGGAUUCCGCCAGGGGUUCAGCUGCUUGGACCACAUCCAGACCGUGUCGAGGGUCAUAGAGGUUUGCCGGGAAUACCGCCUGCCCCAGCGCUGGUCGAUCAAGGUGUGGACGAGUCGUAUGUGA